UGUAGUUAUUAUCCUGAUAGUCUUCAGCUAGAGAAUAAUUAUCUAUAAUAAUUAAAAAUUCACCUGUUACUAACCUUACCUAUCAUCUCUUCAUAUAAAUUCAUACUGUGCAAGUAAUUAAUGUAACUAAGAUCUCUCCUUAUUCAGUGACUCUUUUAUAGUUGCAGUAUGAUAUGUUAGCUCUUCUACUGUACACUUAUUUUAAAUUAUUCUUAUUUUGCUGGCAUUUUAUCUGCCACAUGUUUUACAAUUCAUUAGUUGAGACAGAAGUUCUGAUCCUCUAAGAAGAUGAUAGUCGGCUACAGUCCUGUGAUGCAAGCUCUCCUGGGCACCCUCUUUACUUGGGGCCUCACGGCUGCAGGCUCAGGGCUGGUCUUCUUCAUGCAGGGCACCAAGCCAAGAAUUCUGGAUAGCAGUCUUGGGUUUGCUGCAGGUGUGAUGACAGCUGCUUCAUUUUGGUCAUUGCUGGCACCAGCAAUAGAAAUGGCUGAAGAAUCUAAACUAUAUGGCAGUACAGGGGAAUAUGCUUUCAUCCCUGUUGCGUGCGGAUUCUUACUUGGCGGAGCUUUUGUCUUCCUAGCCGAUCAUUUGAUGGAUGGCUCAAGUCAAACAUCUUUAUUAUUGUGUCACAAACAAGAUAUUAGAGCUAUGGGAAAUGGAAAAAAGGAUGACGAUUUUAGACCAAAAUAUUCAAAUUCAGGUGCAGAGGAUGGCUACAGCUCAGCUCAGUUUACCAGUCUUGACGUAGGAGAAAUGAAGCAACGGGUCAGCAGCCCUGUCUCUUACUCCAGCCUUGAUCAGGACUCGGAAGAAGCUGGACUCCCUGGCGGCCAGAGAGCUUUCUCGCACCAGCAGUGGAAGAGAAUCUUGCUUCUGAUUGUGGCUAUCACAGUGCACAACAUUCCUGAAGGCCUAGCCGUUGGGGUUGGCUUUGGUGCCGUCUCUCAGUCCAGGCUUGCUACCUUCAUCAAAGCCAAGAACCUCGCCAUUGGCAUCGGUAUUCAGAACUUUCCCGAAGGCAUGGCUGUAAGCCUGCCACUCAGAGCUGCAGGAUACAGUAAAUGGACAGCAUUCUGGUACGGGCAGCUGAGCGGCAUGGUGGAGCCCGUGGCAGGCGUGCUGGGUGCGGCGAUGGUGUCGCUAUGGCAGCCACUGCUGCCCUGGGCGCUCGCCUUCGCUGCUGGGGCCAUGAUUUGUGUCGUGGUUGACGACCUCAUCCCUGAGGCACACUCCAGGAACAACGGACGCCUCAGUUCGUACUGGUGUCUGCUCGGCUUCGUCGUGAUGAUGGCUCUGGACGUGGGGCUAGGCUGACCCAGCCACUCGACCCACACUCGCCAAAGACUUGACGCUUCACAUUUUCCAAUUAUUUUAGCCGCAGUUUUAUCUUGAUGCGUAUAAUCAAUGCUUUUAUAUUGAUAUCAAUAAAACGAUAACAAUUUGAUAAUGAUGGUAUGAUGCAACUCGUUGAAAGAAAUCUAAACAUGUACAAAAAUAGAGUCAAAUGGUCCAAAAUAAUGCAAUCGAGAUUAUGGAUCUUCUCAUGUCGUCGCUCUUGUUUCUGAUUCAACUUCUGGUUGCUUCUUCUCCGCUUCUGACAAAUGUUAACAAAGCCACAAUAGUUAAGCUUAACAUUUUGAAGAUCUCAAGUCAGUUCAAUUUAAACUAUAGUAGCUGCCAAUGUCGUUGAAUCUGACGCCGUUGCAAUGCAGUCUUUAUUAAGCUUACACAUACAGUGUGUUGAAUCUAUUUUUAUAUUUUUCUGAUAUAGUCCCGCCUCGCUGUUAGGCCGUAGGGAAUUACUAGUUUUUCUUAUACUGUGAGCAUGUUCGCAAGCAAGGUCUGGCGCGCUUGUGCUUCUGCUUUGAGCUCGCUGCGUUCAUUUUUUGUUUUCGUGCGUUUUAAGAAUCGUAUACUGCACCUAGUCAUCCAGACUGGUUGAAAUGAUAAGCUUUUAUGCGGCACAAAUUCCUUGCUUUACUACUCAUAAGGCCAAGUAUUUUAAUUUUUUAAAUAUAUUCCACUUGUUUUUAUUUAUUUUUAUUUUUUGUUAGGGUUUGUUGUGGUAUGAAACCGAAGCGGAAUUAAUGAAACCAAAACGGAUGUUUAGUACAACUCGUGAUUAUUGUAGUUUGCUUCAUUUUGAUUUUGUUCUUAAGCGUCUUAUGUUCUCAUCAAGAAUUGAUGGCCAAAAUAGUGUAACCUCUGCGUUAAAAUUUUGUUUUUCCCUAAUUGCUGUUUUUUAUAGAGUCCGUUGUGAG